AGUUUGGCUCUGGGUCCUGCGCACCGGGAUUUUGAUAACAGUUUUCUAGUAACUUUCGUAUGGAGUUGGAUCUCCUUAUAGAGUCUUCAUGCUUCAAAUCAUCACCGUGGCUUGUACCAGAGUGUGGAAACCCCUAAACUACGACUACCUGAAGUUUGCCGAUAUAUUUGUCUCGUUUCCUCUCUUGAACAUUGUUUAAGGUUUUCCACAAGUCUAGCUUCAACAUACUAGAGAUAGCCGAGAUGGUGAGAUCUUUUUUACAGUGCCGUGGUGCUUGCGAUUGUUUUCCGAACACACUUAGUGUCAUGAUACGUAAUUUCUAAACUUUGAACUGUUAACAAGGAAGUAUUUCUCGCCUUUCCCUUCUUCCUCGUUCUACAAAUAAAUGCAAAUGCAUGUAAAAAAGUUUCCUUCCUACUGAGUCAGCGGAUUGUGAUGGUCGCAUGUUCUUCAUGUGAACGCUUCUUACACCGUGGUACUUAAUUGCGAUACGAAACACGAUCGAUCCACGGCGUGUCGUUAGAAUAGUGAAAAAUAAGAACUAUAAUACUCGAUACUAAACAUAUUCAAGAAUAACGAUACUCGCAUUGAUCAAACGACUGCAUUAAUAUUUUCGAGUUCAUCCCUGUAUCUAGAUUACUAGUGGUCAGAAGUCUGUUUCAAAUAAAAUCGAAUCAACACUGUACAUCAUCUGCCACGCAGCUGUAUGCAAUACAAUGCUACGAUAUGAUGCCCAUGCUGUUGUCAAAUUAUUAUUUUUCGGAUGGAGUUUCCGCAUUAAGUCAUAAGAAGAAGAGGAAUCGUUUGCUAUUUCGAGUGCGAUGGUUCACACGUGCCAGUGUCAAAAACGAUUUCACCAUGUAGUUUUACAGACGGCUCGUGGAGAUGCUUUAGCACAUUCAAAAUUCUAUUCAGUUUAGUGAAAUCCGAUGUUUCGAUUGGAUAACAGUGUUUCUUUGAAAAUAAUUGUACAAAGAAAGCAACACUAAAAUGUCCACAUUGAAAUUGAGUAUGCAAGAUAAAAAGGACUUGGAUAAGUUCACCAAAUUCUUGGCAUUAAAAGCAGCUCAAAUUAUAGUACAGUCGAGGUCAGGCGAAAAAGUCAGCACAAAGUGCAAACCAAAUUCAUCUGGAACAGACUGGUUCAACCUAGCUAUUCAUGAUGUACCGGAAGUUUUGGCCGAAGCUAAAAGAGCGCUGUGUGGAGAAAUAAUAAAUUCAACCAUACCUCUCUGUAUCGAAAUCUCUUUGAGAACCGUUGAAGGUGACACAAUGGUUUUAGAAACAUGGAGCCUUGGUAUUUUGCCAGAACAUAGUGAUCCCACUAUAAGAGUAACAUAUACUGUAUACAACAGAAUGGGUAUUUUACUGAAAUCAUUACUAUCUGUAUCAAGAAUUACCCCAGCUUACAAAUUGAGCAGAAGACAAGGUCCAGAUUCCUAUGUUAUUUGUUAUAGAAUUUAUAUGGGAGAACCUCAGCUACAUACAUUAGGUGACAAUUAUAAAAAUGUCAGAGUAGGUCAGCUGUACACACCUGUGGGUACAAUCCACUUAUCUGUUUCAUAUAGGACAAAAAUGACUAUAUCUCCUACUCAUACCGGCCGUGAUUCAAUAAUGUUAAAGAGUGAUCACUUUCAUUCUGACUUAAGCCCUCGUCACGCGAGAUAUCAACAGAAUGAAGAAACAUCAAAAUCCCUCAGUGAUACUAUCAAAGUUGGAGCAUUCGUAGUUAAUAAGCCAGUUACUGUUAACGAAGAGGAUUUUGCUAUACCAGACGUACCUUUUAGUUCUUUGUUAACUCCCAGACAAACUUCACCCCCUCCAGUCUCAGUGGCUGAGACUACAAACACAAAGACUGCAACAACUACCGCAACAGAUAGCAGCAAUGGAAAUAACGAAAGACUCGCAAACGAUAACACAACGUCAAAGUGCAACUCCCAAAAUGGAUCUAGGAGAAGCAGUUGCUCAAUGACCAGUGCCAACGACGAUUUUAUUAUGAAAACCCCUUUCGCGGUGACUAAUACCAAUAGCGAUUUGGGAGCAUUUUAUCGAGAAUGUCAAAGUGCACCACAACUUCAAGCUUUUGUGAAAGAAGAAACACUUGGAGAGCAAAUAGAAGACCUUACCAAACAGUUGGAAACAUUUGAAACGAAUGGGCGGUGGUAUGAGGAUAUUCUAUCCUCAUUAUGUCACACAGAAAAUAAUAACUAAUAUCGAAAUCGAACAAUGCAAUGCUAGGUGCUUCGAAAAGAAGUGUAAUUAUAUACAAGUUACAUAUAGUAUUUUGUUAUAGAUGUAUGCGAUUUUCAUUACACACAUUAUAAUAUUUCAACAAAAGCAUUUUAAUGAAAAUUUCUGCCAAAUGCUAUCAACGUAUGUGAUCGCUUCUAAAUAAAUUGGAUUUAUAAAAUUGAAUUAAGAUUUAUCUAUAAGGUAAAAAAUAAACACUGUUAAAUCAUAAGUAUAUGCAUUUGGCUUUGUACGCCGAUUUACUGAUAUUUUUUUUUACCGAUUACCAAGUAUCUAUUCAGUAUUUUCAAUUCAAUAAUUCGUGAUAUUUCAAUUUAGAGCGUUUUAAAUUAUUUGUUCGACUGUUAUUAACUUAUAAUUUUUACUUGCAUAAACUAUGCACUAAACUCUGUUGUAAAUCUAAUGUAUGCUAUUUGUUGAAAAAAAUCAUUGAUAUAAUGCUACUGAUAAUGAGUGACGUCAACGAUGGUUAGGUAAUAUAUUUUAAAACUUUAAUUAAUUUAUUGCUUGUACAUAGUGUAAAUUGUGCUUUAGCGUUGUAAUAUUAAUUAAUAAUUAAAAAGAAUUAUACAACUUU